AUGCUUGUUGAUUAUCCAAGAGCUACUUGUUGCCGUCUUGACUGCAUGUGGCUUCUUGCUAAUGUUGUUUGGAUUCUCGUGUUGAGGGUGGAUGGUGAAUCUUCUGCCCAUAAUCAGAAGAUCUACCAUCUCCUGCUUUUUGUGAGGGACUUGUUUGCUGCUUGGAGUUGGGAUGGCCUUGUUGUGCUUGGCCUGUUGUAUUUUUUAUGCUGGUUGCUGCUGUAUUAUUUUUCUCCACUCCACUUUCUACUGGCUUCAAGAACUCUUUGUCUUGAGGCUACAAUUGGGUCUUGUUUAACCUUUGAGCUUGUUGGUUUGUUCAUGUUGCUAUGGGUCUGUUAUGUUGUUGCUCGUUUGAGCUUGUUGGUUGUUUUUGGGAGCUGA